CCAGUAACAGUAAAGGGUUACUACAAUGGGAAGCUUGCCAACAUUGCUGCUACUGUGCCUUUGCCUAGCAAAAGCACACGGUGCCGUUUAUUCACCCGGAGGUGGUGGCGUUUACGGAGGCGACUCGUCACCGAAAGAUGCCGGCGGGGAUCCAGUGUUUGCUGUGCUGCCGAGCCAGGACGUCAAUCCGGACUACUAUACGACCCAGACGGUGUAUGGAUUUCUCGAUUUUACCACCACCAUCGGCAACACGGUGAUGAUCUUUUCACCACAAAGUGCCGCACCGGUUGUGACAGAACCACCUAAAACGACGGCUCCACCUCCACCGGUCAUCGAAACGACUCCCACCACCACCACUACCACGGAAGAAGUGGUCAGGGAGAUUAGGCCAAGCAAAACGGUCGUACUACCGGUACAGCCCAAAGAGAAGGUCAGCAUCGUGCAGGUACUGCCGGAAACUCCAAAACCUCCAACAACGAAGCCAAUCGGUCCACUGAAGUUCGUCCCCAAAGCCGUACCGAAGGUAGCCAUCAAACCGAUCCUUAAGCCGAAACCAAAAAUCGUCGAGGUGGCUCCAGUCAAGGUGGAACCCGUACCACAGCAGGAACAACCUCAGCAGGAUCGUUUCAUCGUCAAGCCAGUGCCGAAAUCGGUUAUUAUUAAGCCAGUGGCACCGGUUGUGAAGGUAGUGGCAACGAAGGUUGAACCAACGACAACGACGACCGAAUCAGCUCCGGAAAUUGAAUCAGAGGAAGAACAGGAGGAGGAAAUCGAGCCAGAACAGGAACAACAGGAGGCAGAGCAACAGGAGGAGCACGAUCAAGAGGAGGUAGAUGAUGAAGAAGAAGAAGAGGAGGAAAUUGAACCAAAGGAACAACCACAGCACGAAGAAACCUCGAGCGAGAAGGAAGAAGGAAAUGAUGAAACGGUUGAACCGGUUCAGGUGACAGAGAAAUCGAAGAUGCUCGUUGUGGAGGCAGUCAAACCGGUGACUACUACCACAACGACAGAAGAGCCUGAAGCAGUGGUAGCUACUUCUGAGGAUCAGCACGAAGAACACUCGCCGAUAAUGUUCUCCAACAUUUCGGAAGAUGAAGUGAAACCUGCUGCUGAAGUGAAGGAAGGCCAGAGUCAGAGUGCUUCCGUUGACGGAGCUGCGGAACAGCAGCAGAACGCAGAAACUCCAGAAGAGGAAACUAACGCAGAAGAGGACGAAGACGAUGAGGAAGAGGAGGACGAUGAACCAGUACCGGUGCUGCAGAUUGGCAACAACAUCGGUGAGCCAGAGUACGACUUUCUUUCACGCCAACCGUCCGAGUUCGUGGAGGAAACGUUCCGCGUCGUCAAUCUGCGACCGACGGCAGCCGCAUCACAGCCGGCAGCCGCUACUGUCCCUGCGUCAGCACCGCGCGAGAAGGCGGCCAAACCGAAGCGAGGUAAUAAGGGCAGAACCCAUCCGACCGGCCUGGUGACGACGCUCGGUGGCACCGUGGUUAAGGAGGGCGUUACCACCGUCCACGAGACCAGCGUGAUCGGCACCUACAUUUCAGGAAAGUAUGCGCAGGUCCUACAAAGCACAUCUCAUGUCAUUCAAGGUAACCAAGGAGGAGCGGCAGCGAACGGCAACGGUGCAGCGGGGGCCAGCCCGGCCACCGAUGGCCGACGGCCCAAGCUAAACCCGAGCUCAACGCUACGCAUCCUGAAGACGGCAGCACCGGCACUCAACAAGACGCCACGGUACAGCCCGGAGGCGGCCUCGAUCAUUACGCCGUCGCCAGCAACGCACGCACUCGAGGACACUGGGCUGCCGCUGGAGAACCUGUUCGCCAGCCAGCCCAGCUCGAGUCUGGUGCGACCGUCGCGUCGUCUGCCCGGUAGCGCUAGCGGUAACUUCAAGAACCGUCUGAAGAACCGCAUCAGCAAGGACGAGAAUGAUCUGCAGGAGCAGGCCGUUGAGAGCGAACUCGUCACACCGCAAUCCACCGUGACGCCACAGCCGACCUACGGCAAGAAGCCGGGCAACCGGUACCGCAACACGCAAAUCGUUAAGCCCGUCGGCAAGAAUACAAGAUAUAACCGUUAUUCUACAUCUAGCGUGGAGGUGGCCACAGUAUCCGUUUAUAGCGAGCCGAAUCCGACGCCCGGCUCGGGCUAUCAGAACCGGCGCAAUAAAUCCUCACGUAACGGUUUUAAACCAACAUCAUCCCACAGUGUGUCGACCGUACAGCAGCAGCAACCAGACUCGGCGACCAGGCGAUCGUUCAAACCGAAACCACAGCCGUCCGGUCUGCAGGAUCAGGAACCGGGCCAGACCACCAGUCUGUACAAGUUUAAGCUGAACCGGUCGCCGGGCCGCUGGCAGUACAAGUCGCCCGCCAAGCCGACGGUCGCGAUCCGGAAGCAGAGUGCGGUUAAGCCCAAGGAUCAGGUACUGGAAAAUCUCACGACCGCACCGAUUUCCGACACAUCCGUACAGUCUAAUGAUAUUGCGCAGUCACCCGAACAUGCGGAAAAGGUGGACACUGAUGCGGACCUGGACCAGUCCGGCUCGGUACAUGGGAAUGUGCUGAAUGACGCGGAGAACGACAACCAGAUCGAGCGCCGCUACCCGAUCGAGACGCUGAAGGUGGAGAUAUCGACGCCAGCCGAUUUCCGGGACACGUACUACGAGAUUGCGACCAUCAAGUCACCCUACACCUUCCAGGUGGGAACAGUGAAGAACACACGCUACAUCACAGUCACCUCGACUAUUGAGAAGGUACUGGAGCAGGAGACAGCUACCAUUACACCAUCGCUGACGGAACCACUGACCGAGAACAUUUUGGCCACAACGACUCACAUCGACAAGGAGAGCAAUCUGCUCGACUCGAGCAUUGCCACGCUGCCACCAAUUUCGCUCGGCUUAGACACGGAAACGCCUCCGCUUGAGACGCUUACGGAAACGUUCAGCACCACCCAGGCUAUGCUCAAGACGCACAUUCUGCCUGUGAUCCGAGACGGUGACACUACGAGCUACACACUCAUUCAGACGUACCAUGUGACGCGCUUGGUAACCGCCACCAAGACACUGCCGCCGAUGGAGUUGUACCACUUCGUACCUUCACGUACACUGAACGAGUUCAACAGCCGAUUGGAUGAGGCAGGAUCGGAGCUGCAUCUGGAGCUCGAGUUCGGAGACGACAACGAAAACGAUGAUGAAGAUAAGCCUAAGCGCGAACGACUACCCUCGGAUCUGGAUCUGUCGAGCAUUGGAUCCGACUUUGAUCUGUCCGAGGUGGACAAGACUAACAUCCCGGAGAACAUUCGCCCGAAGAAGAAGAUCACGGGAAGCAACAAGGACAACCGUGUUACCACUGAAGCACCGGUAACUACGCCAGCUCUUACGCCCGAACAGCUACAGCAGCUUGCGCUUCUUCGUCUGCUCAAUCCGGCUGCGGCUGCCCAGAUUCCAUCGGUAAUUACCUCCUCCAAGCCAGUGAUCAAGCUUGAAACGGUGUACGAAUCGCACGUACUUCCCAUCAUCAAUGGAGCAAACACGAUCCUCAGCACGAUUUCUCGCCCCAUCGGCACAAUCACCAAGACUAGCUACGAGGUGGUCACGACCACACUGCCCACCCUUCCGAUUCCACCAAUUCCACAGCUUAACCCACUGCUGCUCCAACAGCAGCAACAGCAGCAGCAGCAACAGCAGCUUCAGAUUCAAUCGACCCCUGUCGUCACGCAGACCAUCGUCACCGAGACGAACAGUAAGGUGUUGAAGCUAACGUUCGGUGCCAAGACAGCCUACACUACGCUCUACUCGACGACAGUUGUCCCGACGGUGUUGACAACCUACCUUACACAGUCGGUAUCCGUGCAGCCAACGGCGGCCGCCGCAUUCCCGGGAUUUUUCCCGAAUCCUUACGCACCGUUCCCGUUCGUCGGCUAA